UGCACCAAACGGUGCCUUGGGUUCGGGUCUUGUUGAGAGGUUGAAGAGGCGGGAGUAAGGUUCGCAGGUUGUGUGGUCAAAGGAAGCAACGUUUUCGAUCCAUCCUCCGUUACCGCAAUCGCACGUUCCCCACCUUUCUUCUCCUUUUCUUAUUCUAUCCACAUUCACAUUCACACUCUCUUCCCAACCCAAUAACAAACAAUGGCUUCUUUUCUUCUUCGCCGCAACCGCAACCUAUUCGCUCGCUCUCUACUCGGAAAUAAGGAGCCUUUUCGUCCAUACUUUCAGUUAAAGUUUCGAAGUUUAGGUGGUGCUGCAAACAAGGUGCACCCAUAUAGCAGCUGCAAUGGUCCCAUCAGAAAUGAUUUUACUGAUUUGACUUGCCCUCAUACAUGGUAUCCACAGGCCCGAAGGAAACAUCGCAGGGUUAUCCUGCAUGUUGGUCCAACAAAUAGUGGUAAAACACAUCAUGCUUUGAAGCAACUUGAGUCAAGUGCUUCUGGUGUAUAUUGUGGUCCUUUAAGAUUGUUGGCAUGGGAGAUAGCAAAACGGUUGAACAAGGCACAAGUUCCUUGUGAUCUCAUUACAGGUCAGGAAAGAGAGGAAGUUGACGGUGCCAAUCAUAAGGCUGUUACAGUUGAAAUGGCUGAUCUAUCAGCUGAUUAUCAAUGUGCUGUUAUUGACGAAAUUCAGAUGAUAGGGUGUACUACAAGGGGAUAUUCAUUCACACGUGCUUUAUUAGGAAUUGCUGCUGAUGAACUUCACCUUUGUGGUGAUCCAGCUGCUGUGCCCCUUAUUCAGGAGAUAUUGAAAAUUACUGGUGACGAGAUUGAGGUUCAAUUUUAUGAGAGACUGUCACCUUUAGUCCCACUAAAUGUUCCUCUUGGAUCUUUCUCUAAUGUAAGAAAUGGUGAUUGCAUUGUAACCUUUUCACGUCAGGAGAUAUACAAAUUGAAGAAAAGAAUUGAGAAAGAAGGAAAGCAUCUUUGUUCAGUGGUUUAUGGAUCACUGCCCCCAGAGACUCGAACAAGACAGGCAAGCAUGUUCAAUGAUGCUAGUAGCGAGUUUGAUGUUCUUGUGGCCAGUGAUGCCAUUGGAAUGGGUCUUAAUCUAAACAUCUCUAGGAUCAUAUUUUCAACCAUGAAGAAGUUUGACGGUUUUGAGGUGCGGGAUUUGAGUGUACCUGAGAUCAAACAGAUUGCAGGGAGAGCUGGUAGAUAUGGAUCAAAUUUUCCUGUAGGAGAAGUAACGUGCAUGGAUGAAGAGGAUCUACUCUUGCUCCAUUCAUCUUUGAAUUCUCCAUCACCCAUUUUAGAGCGUGCUGGCUUACUUCCUACCUUUGAUCUGAUGUAUAUGUAUUCACGAUUACACCCAAGAAAUGGUUUCUAUCAAAUACUGGCGCAUUUUCUUGACCAUGCGAAAUUGUCUGAAAAUUAUUUCAUUGUCAAUUGUGAACAAUUACUGAAAGUGGCUGCUGUUAUUGAUGAGCUUCCCCUUGGAUUACAUGAGAAAUACCUUUUCUGUAUCAGCCCAGCUGACAUGGAUGAUGAAAUUUCAUCUCAAGGCCUAACACAGUUUGCAGAGAAUUAUGCAAAGAAAGGCCUUGUCAGGCUUCGAGAAAUAUUUACACCAGGAUCACUCAAAGUGCCCAAGACGCCAGCUGCUCUUAAGGAGUUGGAAUCCAUCCACAAGGUCUUGGAUCUGUACGUUUGGUUGAGCUUUCGGUUGGAAGAAUCUUUCCCAGACCAUGAGCUGGCCGUAUCCCAAAAGGCCAUUUGCAGCAUGUUGAUUGAGGAAUUCCUAGAAAGACUCGGGUGGCAAAAGCCAAUGGCUAGAAGGUUGGCUUCUCAUAAAAUGUCAAGUCCCCUAUUAUCCCAACACAUGAGGAAAUGCCUUUAAGUGCAUGUUUGGAUACACAUUUUCAAACAACCGAUUAUCAUCCAGCCAGAAGCUACUAUCAAUUGAUUCUGUCUCUUUCUUGAAUUUGAUGUGAAAAUAACAAAGGAGGUGCGUUCGGAAGGUGUGUUAAAAAACACCGGAAGUUAUUCCCUUCCCGUGCCAGUGCCACAAUCCCGUGUUAAACAUUACACAAAUUUCAGUAACAAGAUCAAAUAUGUUGUACAUUUUUAGGUUAUUUUUUUACCUUUUUCUACGUCUUAGUGGUUUUUUUUUUAUCAGGAUAUGUUUAUACACAUUCGAUAAUGCUUCAUCUAAAUGGUUAUUGAUUAUUUUAUUAUUUUUUUUCCCC